UGUGGAGUUAAGAAAACAGUGCUUGUUCUGUGAAUUUUAACUUUUUAAAAACUAUUAUUAAUUGUCCUGGGUCAUAUAUGAUUAUAUAUUUAUUUUAAUAAUAACAAUCAUUCAGCAAAAUCACCAACAAUGAUCAUCUCAAGAACACAGACCGAGAACAUUUUAUUAAAUAACAAGAACCAGAAUAAUAACAACGUGAUAAUUACCAAACCAGAGCGUGUUAAAUACGUUAAACCAGCAAAAAUUGUGCCACAUCAAUUUGAAAUAGCAUGGUUUUAUGUAUUUUUUCUGCCCAUCAUUCAUUCAAUAGCGGUCUAUGCGCUGUAUUUACAUUUCACCAAGGGCAUUGGUGGCUGGAGUGAGCUUGGUCUCAAUGUUUAUUAUGUAAGCGCCAAUAUAUUAUGCAUGUUUGGCAUAAUUGCCGGUGCACACCGGCUAUGGUCGCACCGGGCAUACAAAGCCAAAUGGCCGCUACGGCUAAUACUGGGCGCACUCCAGACGGCCACCAUUCAGGAGGAUAUAUACGAGUGGUCAUUAAAACACCGGUUGCACCACAAAUUCUCGGACACAGAUGGUGAUCCUACCAACAUCAGCAGGGGCUUUUUAUGGGCCCACAUCGGGUGGCUAUUUUUCAAACGCCACCCCACUUACUUGGCCAAAGUGCCCACCAUAGACACCAAGGACCUACACGACGACCCUAUUGUAAAGUACCAGCGCAUGUUUUAUACAUUCUGGGUGGUUUUGGUGCGCGGCACCAUGUUCACGGUCAUUCCCCGUUUAUUGUUUCCACACGAGAGUUGGACGUAUUUGGUGGCGAUGAACGUGCUGUUUUAUGUGAUACUAUUGCAUUAUACCUGGUUGGUCAAUUCUGUGGCCCAUAUGUUUGGUUAUAGGCCAUAUGAUAAAAGUAUUCAGCCCACUGAUAACACCGUGCUCGUCUACCUGGCUAUGGGCGGCGGUUACCACAACUACCAUCAUGCAUUUCCUCAGGAUUACUCCGGGUCCGAGUACGGGUGGGAACAAAAUUUCAACCCGACCACCUUGCUCAUCGACAUGUUUGCAAAAAUUGGUUGGGCCUAUGAUCGCAAAAAAGUCUCGGCAGAGAUCGUACGCAUGCGUACAAAACGUACGGGCGAUACGACAGCCUUACGCCGGAACGCAAGUAUGGCUAUAGAUGUGGUAUUGGGACUAUUGAUAUUGUAUUGGCCACUACCCGUGAUUUACGACAUGGUGUCGAUAUAUGUGUUGGCAUUAUUGGUGGCGAUCGCUAUCGUCCCGAAUGGAGAGAAGACAGCGAACGCCGCGCCGUCCGCUAUCCAUAUGACCGGACCGUUCGCUGAGGCGUACGAACACUAUAGCCGAGAGCGACGCGCAGCCAUUGCUGAGCCAAUAACACAUCAACCACGACCAAAGCCUAAAUUUGAUUGA